AUGUGUAGGAAGAUAACCGUGAAGAAAGCGAUAGGAUUCAAGUGCGACCUGAAGGAAUGUCCGAGCACCCUGAUGGAAUGCAGUGUAACUUCGUGCACAAAACCCGAGAUGCUCUUCACCGAGUGUCAAAAAGCGCCAAAGGUAAUAAAGAGAACGAAAAAGAAGAAGGAAGAUGUCAGGGUGAUUUGUGUGCAAACCUGUGACAGAGGGACGGACAACGACUUAUUGAUAUUGGUGAAAGAUCAAGCUGUUGGAAUGUCCUGUAUAGACAAACAAACGAGUACUUGUUCGAGUAGCCAUUUAAUGAGUAUGAUAAAUAAACAGAUAGAAAAGAAAACGGAAAAGGAUAAUAAAAUGAAAGAAUGUAGCAGCUUGUACUUAUCGUACAAAGUUGAAGACAAGUUUAAGGUAAAAUAACCGUGCAAAUUAGUGAAUCAAAUUGUCUAGACAGAAAUAAAAUCCUGUAGCUAAUUUGCCACAAUCACAACAAUAUACCGCAAAAUUUACAUUAUUUAUACAACUUUAUCGAUAACAACCAAAAAAAACCUAGCCAACCAUUCAAUAUCUAUCUCUAUAUAACUUAAAAAAACUGCGAGAAAAAGAAAAAAAAAACAAAUAAAUAAUAUGGACGUUACGUGUCCAUGAGCAAAGGAGAAUUUUCCCUUUA